AUGGGGAAGGAGGAAGCCGGAAAGCACAGGCCACAGCAAGAAGAGGGGCUGACACAGAGCACGGCCUUGGGCAGAGACCCUGCUCACAGCCCAGCACCCUGGGGAGCAGAGACCAUGGAGUCCCCUUCUCUACUUCUCUGCAAAGGGCUCCUGCUCACAGCCUCACUUUUAACCUGCUGGAACUCACCCGCUGUGGUGGCGGCGCUAAGAUCUACCAAAGAAAUGCGGUUUUCUGCGGCUGAAGGGGGGAGGGUUCUUCUCUCUGUUCCUGUUCAGGCAGAGAACCUUCUCUCCUUUCACUGGUACAAAGGAAAAGAAGAAGACCAAGGUUUUACAAUUGCCCGUUAUGAGAAGGACACAGAUUUACUUAAACUUGGGAAUGCAACCAGCGGCAGGGAAGAGGUAUAUAAGGACGGAUCCAUGAUGCUCCAGGACGUCACCCAGGAAGACACGGGAAUCUACACCCUAGAAAUCUUUGGAGCACAUGAUCAUAUUGAAAUAACACAUGUCUACCUCCAAGUGUACAAGAUUGUGACGAAGCCCUACCUCCAAGUCAACCACACUAGGGUCGGGAGACGAAGGAGCGCUACGAUUCUCACCUGCGUGUCACCUGACACUGGAGUUGACGUCAACUGGUUCUUCAACUACAAGCCCCUCAAUCUAACGGAGAGAACCACCCUGUCACCUGAAGAGCACAAGCUCAUCAUCAGUCCCGUCUGGAGGGCAGAUACAGGGAUCUACCAGUGUGAGGUCUCCAACUUCUUCAGCUCCAGGAAGUCUGGCCCACUGUUCCUUGUGUUGGCUUAUGGCUAAGGCUGUUCCCUUCCUGCUUAGUUAGGGUUUCCAUUGCUGUGAAGAGACACCAUGGCCACAGCAACUCUUACAAAGGAAAACAUUUAAUUGAGGUGGCAGCUUACAGUUUCAGAGGUUUAGUCCAUUAUCAUCACCGUGGGGAACAUGGCAGCUGGGAGUAUAGUAGUAGCCUGCAGGCAGACACGAUGCUGGAGAAGAAGCUGAGAUUCUUGCAGCUUGACCCACAGGCAACAGGAAAUGAUCUAGACACAGGGUGUGGCAUGAGCAUGUAUGAGAGACCUCAAAGCCUAUCUCCACAGUGACACACUUCCUCCAACAAUGCCAUACCUACUCCAACAAAGCCACACUUCUUAAUAGUGUCACUCCCUGUGAGCUCAUGGGGGUCAAUUAUAUUCAAACUACCACAACAUACAUAUAUGUGUGUAAAAUUACAUAUAUACAUAUAUAUACAUACAGGGACACACACAUAUAUUAUACAUAUGUACUAUAUAAUACAUUUUAUCAAGCAUGGAAUUCUUGUUAUUCUGAAGCAUGCAUAGCAGUGUCUCAAAUUUUACUUCUAAGUUUUUAGUAAUUUUAAUCUAUUACAUUAUAAAGUUAAUCUCAUUAAAAGAAAAUAUUAUUAAUCCUUUGUCAAAAGCCAACUUUAAAUGGAAUUGACUUUUUGAUACUGUUAAUUUUCAUUCUCCCUUUAUUCCCUCUUUCACGGGCUGGCAGGCAGGGGACGUUCUUUAUUUUCCUUCAGUGAUGGGCGGGUCUCAUGCUAUUGCUUUAAGGAUCAAGAAUCAAGGGCCUCUUUGGCAGAAAUCUGCACAUGGGUUGUCGGUUGCACAGGUCUUAGCUGCCAUUGUGAGCACCGUUAGCGACAGACUUGAAGGCAGGCAGCCGGGUGGACCUCUGACAAACCACACAAACUUUAACUAAUGCCCCUCCUGACUCUAAGCCUCAAUUUUCAUCCUAAAAUGGAAAUGAUUUUCUCAUGACAGACGCAGGUGAUAAAUUCCCUGAAGGAACAAAUCCAAGUUCAUCAUGCUGAACGCCUUUCCCCAGCACAGCCCAGGGUGAAACCUCUUCACAUUCAUGCUUCGCCUUUCCCUCCUUGAGAGCCGGCCCGGCCUCUCCGCUGGGGCCACGACUUACAUGGAGGUUGGAGUUGUGGCUGGGGUGGCCGUGACAGCGUGGCGGCCAUAUUUCUUACAUGGAGGCCAUAUUUCUUACAUACCGAGAAGCCUGGUGGAUAUGGUUAAUUUUCUUCUUAUGUUUUCCUGCAGUCUGAGUGCCAUGCUCCGGAGUGGGCAGGGACUUCUGUUCUCCUGCCUCUGGAUCUCCCAUCACCUCCUAACCCUCUGCUUCUCAGAACUGAUGCUGUGGGCUCAGCCUCCCCAUCUUCAUGCAUCCCUGUGUGAUGGCUACUCUUGGUGGUCAGCUUGACCACCUCUGAAUGAACUACAGUCCAGAAACAGAGGAAACACCUGUGAGAGGUUGUUUUUGCUUGGUUUGAAGCAGUGAAUCCCCUUCCAGUCUGGACUUUUGAGGUAAGAAGACACACGCCUUUGAUCCGGAUCUAGAGAUGGGAAGACACACUUUUAAUCUGGGUCACACCUUCUGCUGGAAGUCUAUAUAAGGACAUGGAAGAAGGAAGCUUUUGCUCUUUGCCUGCUUGCCCUCACCUUGCCAGCACAUCUGUUCUUUGACGGGCAUUGGACCUACUUCUUUAUAUAUAUACAGAAGGCCAGCUGAGACAUCCACCCUUGUGGACUAAGCAACUUCUGGAUUCUUGGACUUAGUGUUCACAGCCAGCCAUUGUUGGAUUAGCUGGGUUUUGGCCUUUAAGUCAUUCCAAUAAAUCUCAUACACACACACACACACACACACACACACACACACACACACACACACACACAGAGAGAGAGAGAGAGAGAGAGAGAGAGAGAGAGAGAGAGAGAGAGAGAGAGAGAGAUUCAUUCUUAAGUUCUGUUACUCUAGAGAACCCUGACUGACACAUCCUGUCUCUUGGAGUCCAUUUCCAUCUAGUUAGAGAACAGAUUCAAUUAUGCUCCUCUAUCCCCGCCCCCCCCCCUGCCCCCGUCAGGAAGCCAAGGUUCAAGAAGA